AUGGAGAAUGUAGUUGGCGUAUGCCCUAACUUUUUUAUUAUUGUACUUUGUGAGAAUCAUUGGCUGAUGUUGGACUCGAUUUUCUCCUACUGUAAUUCAAUCCUACAGUGUUUGUACUAUUCAAAACCUUUCCGAGAAAACGUCGGAAAUCAUGCAAGUUACGGGAUGGAGGAGUCGCUGUUCUCGGCAUUGAAGGACAUCUUUGAAAGCAUCGUGGCACACAAUUCGCGCACAGGUGUCGUCAGUCCAAAUAGGUUUUUAGAUAUUCUAAGGAGGGAGAACGACAUGUUCAGUGGACAGCAGCAUCAGGAUGCUCACGAAUUCCUGAAUUACGUCCUCAAUCAGGUGAUAGAGAAUGUGGAGGACUAUCAAAAAAAACAUGGUUACAAGAACGGCAAUAUUGUGACCAAUUCAACCCCUGCCAAAUCAUCUGGUACACUAACACCUGUAAACGCUUCGUCGGCUGCCUCCACCGCGUCCCUUACCUCUACGUCUCCCACUGGCUGGAUCCAUGAACUAUUUGAAGGUCUGCUAACCUCGGAGACCAAGUGCCUCACUUGUGAGAACGUUUCACGCCGAGACGAGCAGUUCCUUGAUUUGUCAAUUGACCUAGAGAAGAAUUCAUCCGUGACAUCAUGUUUACGGAAUUUCUCCGCUUCGGAAAUGCUAUGUGAACGUAACAAAUUCCAUUGCGACAGCUGCGGCGGGCUGCAGGAAGCCGAAAAACGGAUGAAAAUCAAACGGCUGCCGAAGGUCCUUGCUCUACAUCUGAAGCGCUUCAAGUUUAUGGAGAACCUAGGACGAUUCGAGAAGCUACAUUACCGAGUCCUUUACCCAUACCAUCUAAGGCUAUUCAAUACGACGGACGACGCUGAGGACCCGGACAGACUAUACGAGCUGUAUGCUGUUGUUGUGCAUAUCGGUGGUGGACCGUACCAUGGGCAUUACGUUGCGAUCGUCAAGACCGAGGACAAGGGUUGGCUGCUGUUCGACGAUGAGUUGGUUGAACCGGUAGACAAGGCGUUCGUAAGGAACUUUUUCGGGGAGCGGCCAGGGAUGGCAUGCGCCUACGUUCUGUUCUAUCAGGAAACCACAUUUGAGGCCGUACAGCGAGAGAUGUGGGUGGAUGAGCAAGCGGCGGGAGUGGCCACAAGAGCAGCGGCGGAGGCGGCGAAAACGGAAUCCGCGAAAUCUAAAGGGUAUACAAAUGGAGUCAACGGGCACAGUGUAAGGGCCUCCUCGGUGGCGGAACAUCUACCAAAUUUACACAGUUCAAGCUCUUCGCCGUUGCCAAAGUCUGAAACACCGAUUAAUAUCAGCGACCAGCAUCCGGCUGAGACCGCCGCGAAGCAUCCGUUCCCGCCCGUCCCGAGCAGCGUCAAGUCGAAGAAGGAGAAGGAGAAGGGGGAUAAGAAGGACAAGCCAGAGGGCUACCACAUGGGCGGCAUAAACAGGCUCAGGAGCACUAGCCGCAGCCUCCGCCUCAGCCAAGCCUUGAGGCUAGGAGGCAAGGAUAAGGAUCGCACCAGCACGCAUGAAGAGAAUGGCGCGAUUCCAGAUCUACCACCGUUUCCCGUCACACCCGGACCCGGACCCGGACUUCCGGUGGGGGACCUGACCCCGAACGGGGUCAACCAUGAGAAGUCGGAUGACGAGAAGAGUGGGGAUGAUUCCCCAUCCGGGACCGAAGUGCCGUCGGCUGUCGAGUCACCGAAGGUAACUGUUCCAGCGGUCGCACCGGCAAAACUGGGGGAAUCACCGGUGGAGCCAAAGGAGGAGGUAGUAGUCCCCCAGGAGACGGAGAGGGGGGAUAAGAAGGAGAACAGCAAGAAGAAGAAGGGGAAGAAGGAGAAGGAGAAGAAGGAAAAGAAGGAGAAGGAGAAGGAGAAGAACAAGGCUCGCCACAUGUCUAGUUUCUUUGGCCUCCGAAAGAAAGCUUCGGUUGCUUUUCAUUCAGAAUCAUAAUCUUUGUUUCUUUUUCCUCUUCCCUUUUUGUUCCUUCCCUUCUCAUGUUUUUCCUUUUCAGUCUCUCUGUCCAAGGCAUGGCGUGGUCUUUUCUCUCCUCAUUUGUUUCAAAUGUAUUCUGUACCGAGUAAACGGGAAUUUUUCCUCCUCUUCCUUCAUCUUCUCCAGAGGAGUUGGUUAAAGUAAAGUUAAAGUUAAACGGGAGCCUUUUUUUUUCCUUCUUUUCCCUUUCUUUCACCCAUUUCCAAUUUCAGGCACUUUUUUUCAAAAAAAAAAAAAAAUGAGAAGGAACGAACUUAAUAAUCCAAUGCUUGUUUCUUCCUCCUCCUCCUGUUCGCAACCAGUUUCUCGCUACCUUUAUUCCAAGAUUGUGGCCGUUAAGGUGUUGGUACUCGAUAUAAAAGUUGCUUUGCUUCAUGGCGUACGGUGCUUUGUGACGGGGUAAACUGUAUGUAUGGUGUUGAUUUGUUCGUGUCUGUCAGUCAGUCUGUCUGUCUAUCUUGUGCGGGCGGCUUGGAGAUGGCGUUGAAGGUGUCUGGUAAUACAGUAGUCUGCACUCUAA